AUGGCGGCCACACCAGCCUCGACCAAGGCACGCGGAAUUCGCAUCUCGAUCGACCGGGGCGGGACUUUUACCGACUGCGUCGGCGAGCACAAUGGCAAAGAGCUCGUCAUCAAGCUCCUCUCCGAGGACCCGGGCAAGUAUGUCGACGCUCCUCUCGAGGGGAUCCGGCGCAUCUUGAGUCACUUCCUUGGCAAGGAGCUUCCCCGUGGCCAGCCUCUCGAUACCUCUCCCAUCGACUCGAUUCGUAUGGGCACCACCGUCGCCACCAACGCCCUGCUCGAGCGCAAGGGCGAGGACAUUGCCUUGGUCGUCACAAAGGGCUUCCGUGACUGCCUCAACAUUGGCAACCAGUCCCGCCCUCGCAUCUUUGACCUCGCCAUCUGCAAGCCCGAUGUUCUUUACAAGACGGUCGUCGAGAUUGAUGAGCGCGUCACUCUCGAGGACUACGCCGAAGAUCCUGAGCGUACAACCACACAGCCUCAAGCCCAGGCCGCUGCCGGUGGGGAGCCACAACAGGACGGCGUCCAGCUCGUCCGUGGCUUAUCCGGCGAGACAGUGCGCAUCCUCAAGAGGCCAAGCGACGACGACAUCCGCCAGAAACUACGCCAUGUCUACGACAGCGGCAUCCAGAGCAUCGCCGUCUGUCUCAUGCAUGGCUACACCUUCCCGGAUCACGAGGCUCGUGUCGGCCGCAUUGCCAAACAGAUAGGCUUCACCCAUGUCUCACUCAGCCACGAGCUCAUGCCCAUGGUCAAGCUGGUGCCGCGCGCCACAUCCGUCUGCGCAGAUGCCUACCUGACCCCGGCGAUCAGGAGGUACAUUGACGGGUUCCAGGCCGGUUUCGAGGGCGGGCUCGGGACCCGUGGAGUGGCGCAAUCAGAAGGACUUAAAGGCGCCCGGUGCGAGUUCAUGCAGAGCGACGGCGGCCUCGUCGACGUGGACAAGUUCACGGGCUUAAAGGCCAUUCUCUCCGGGCCGGCCGGUGGGGUCGUCGGCUAUGCCAUUACCUCCUACGACCAAGAGACCAAGACGCCUAUUAUCGGGUUCGACAUGGGGGGGACUUCGACCGACGUCUCCCGCUACGGCGAGGGCCGCUAUGAGCAUGUUUUCGAGACGACUAUCGCCGGGGUUACCGUGCAGUCCCCCCAGCUCGACAUCAACACCGUCGCCGCUGGGGGCGGAUCUCGCCUCUUCUUCCGUAACGGCCUCUUUGCCGUCGGGCCUGAGUCGGCCGGCGCCCACCCCGGCCCGGCAUGCUAUCGCAAAGGCGGGCCCCCAACAGUCACCGAUGCUAACCUCUAUCUGGGCCGCCUGUUGCCCGAAUUCUUCCCAAGGAUCUUUGGCAAGAACGAGGACGAGGGCCUAGAUCCCGAAGCAAGCAAACGCGUGCUGCAGGAGCUGGCGGACCAGGUCAACAAGGAGACGGGCCAAAAUCUGACCGUAGACGAGGUCGCCUACGGAUUCCUGACUGUGGCAAACGAGACCAUGACGAGACCCAUCCGGUCAAUCACAGAGGCCAAGGGUCACGACUCGUCCAAGCACCGGUUGGCGACGUUUGGCGGCGCCGGAGGCCAGCACGCCGUAGCAAUCGCGCAAUCGCUGGGCAUCCGCCAGAUCCUCUUGCACCGCCACUCAUCCGUCCUCUCGGCCUACGGCAUGGCCCUUGCCGAUGUGGUCGACGAGCGCCAAGAACCAGACUCGGCCGUCUGGGAGGAUGGGGGCGGUGUCGUCGACAAGUUGCGACGAAAAAUGGAGCGACUCAAGGACAAGUCGCGCGGGGCGCUGCGGGACCAGGGCUUCGACGACGGCGAGGUGGAAUUUGAAGAAUACCUCAACAUGCGCUACCGCGGCACUGAGUCUGCCCUCAUGAUUGUCAAGCCAUCCACCCCCGCCGAAUGGGAUUUUGGCAAGGCCUUUGUCGAGCACCACCGCUACGAGUUUGGCUUUACCUUGGACGAGCGGGACAUUAUCGUCGACGACGUGCGCGUCCGUGGCAUCGGCAAGAGCUUCCGCCAUCAGGAGCCGACGGUGGACCAGCAGCUCAAGAGGGUCGAGCGCCGCCAGGUGGUAGAGGGAAAGCAGCACGGCGCCCAGGACGUCUAUUUUGAGGGCGGCAGGCUCCCGACUCCAAUCUACAAGCUCGAGAACCUCGAGGUUGGCGAUGUUGUCAGCGGCCCCGCUGUUCUGGCAGACGGGACGCAGACCAUUAUCGUGACUCCCAAGACCAAAGCUCUCAUCAUCGAGACGCACGUCGUGAUCGACAUAGAGCAUGAGAACUCAAAGGACGAAUCCCGCAAGGACGAGUCCGGCCCCGGCAAGGUCGACCCCAUUAUGCUUAGCAUCUUUGGGCACCGGUUCAUGGCCAUUGCAGAACAAAUGGGCCGCGCUCUGCAAAAGACGAGCGUCAGCACAAACGUGAAGGAGCGUCUAGACUUUUCGUGCGCCAUUUUUGACGCCCAAGGAGCCCUCGUGGCCAAUGCGCCUCACCUGCCUGUCCACCUCGGGUCCAUGUCAACGUGUGUCAGGACGCAGGCCCAGAUAUGGAAGGAUAGGCUCCGAAAGGGAGACGUCAUCAUCACCAACCACCCAUCAUAUGGAGGCACUCACUUGCCUGACAUUACGCUCGUGAUGCCCGCCUUUGACGCCCGGGGCGAAAACGUACUGUUCUACGCCGCCUCGAGGGCGCACCACGCCGACAUUGGCGGCAUUACCGCCGGCAGCAUGCCCCCGCACUCGCGUGAGCUCUUCCAGGAGGGCGCCGCGAUCCGCAGCGAAAAGCUCGUCAGCGGCGGCAAGUUUGACGAGCAGCGCGUCGUCCAGCUCCUUUAUGACGAGCCUGCCAAGUAUUCUGGCUGCAGCGGCACGCGCUGUCUCGCGGACAACAUCAACGACCUGCGCGCUCAGGUCUCAGCCAACCAAAAGGGCAUUUCGUUGAUCGAAGGCCUGAUAGACGAAUACGGGGAGGAGACGGUCCAGUUCUACAUGAUCAACAUCCAGGACAACGCUGAACGGUGCGUCCGCAAGCUCCUCAAGGACGUGCAUCGACGCUUCGAGGGAAGAGACCUCUCUGGCGUUGACUACAUGGACGACGGAUCUCCCAUCCAGCUCCGUAUCAAAAUCGACCCCAACGACGGCAGCGCCGAAUUCGACUUUGAGGGCACCGGCCCGGAAGUCUACGGCAAUAUCAAUGCGCCCCAAGCCAUCACGUAUAGCGCCAUCAUCUAUUGCCUCCGCUGUCUCGUCUCCGAGGACAUUCCCCUUAAUCAAGGCUGUCUCAAGCCGAUCAACGUCAAGAUCCCGCACAAGUCCAUCCUCUCGCCGUCACCGGGCGCCGCGGUGGUCGGUGGCAAUGUCUUGACCAGCCAGCGCAUCACCGACGUCAUCUUCAAAGCAUUCCAGGCUUGUGCCGCCAGUCAGGGAUGCUGCAACAACCUAACCUUUGGCUUCGGCGGGAAUCAGUCCGGCGAGCAGGCCGUCAGGGGCUUCGGUUACUACGAGACCAUUGCGGGCGGCAGCGGCGCGGGACCGGAUUGGGAGGGCGCGUCGGGCGUCCACGUUCACAUGACCAACACCCGCAUCACCGACUCGGAGAUUCUCGAGCGGCGCUACCCGGUCUUGUUGCGGGAGUUUUCCAUCCGCAAAGGCUCCGGAGGCGCGGGCCAGCACCGCGGGGGCGACGGCGUCAUCCGCGACAUCGAGUUCCGCAUCCCGCUUCAAGUCUCCAUCCUCUCGGAACGCCGGGUGUAUCGCCCAUACGGCCUCAACGGCGGCGAGGACGGCGCCUGCGGCCUGAAUCUCUGGGUGCGCAAGGUGGAAAAGACCGACUGGGACCGAUCGCUCGCGCGGUUCCACGACAGCGGCGACAAAGACGAUGACGAGGUGGGCAAGGAGUACGAGGAGCGUCACAUCAACCUUGGUGCCAAGAACAGCGCGGCAAUGAAGGCCGGCGAUCGCAUCAUCGUGUGUACGCCCGGCGGAGGGGGCUGGGGAGCCGCGGGCGAGGCGAGCGUGGCCCAGAAACGGCUCGAUCACACGGACGGCUGGCGGAAGGGGAGCGUUGCGGCGAGAGAGGAGACAGCGCUGCAGGCGUAA